AGAGAGAGAGAGAGCGAUGCAGAGGGGGUUUAUGGAUUUUUUUGCUGUAUAAUCCUGGUUGCUGGAGCAAUUCACACCACGGACUCGCCAUCUGUUUCCUCCAGUGUCUCAAAUGUGUUCAAGAUAGAGACAAACAUAAUCAUCCUCAUCAUAUGUCUGCUUUGGUGUCACCAGCCGGGAUCUCCCGUCCACUCAGUGCGUGUAUGUAGAGAAAGUCAAACCCCGGAAAUGAAAAAGCAAAGAAGUGGUUAAAUUGCACAUGGUGAUUGCGAUGGAGGACGAUGCACCCUGACUGGCUUUAACUGAUCUGAUCGCAUUGAUGCUUUCUUUUGAAGGAUGGUGAAUGGCUGAACAUUUUCUUCAGGACUCAAAUCAAUUCAAGCUCUGCGUCUCUCGAUAAUGCCGCACUGAAAUGGAUAAAGCCACAAAUGCCCUCGGAGUGACUUUUAAUCCUUAUCAAUAGCAUCACCCAUCAAGCAGCAUCAGGACCAGCCUCAGUCUUCAAACGAGAUAACGAAAACGCGUUUUUCUCCGCACGCCAGCAGUAGUGUAUUUGUCCCUGGCGAGCCGCCGUUGAAAUGGGAGAGAACAUGUCAAAAAGACUGAAGCUUGUCACAGGUUCCGAAUCAGAGAUGGAGGAACGCAGUUUUAAUAACCGUUUCUCAGACUGGGACCAGGGAGUGCUUGUGUCUUCAAAUUCAGGAGCGGACAGUAACAGCAACGAUCCUUUUGAUGCGAACGGAAAGAUCAGUGAUGCUUUUGAGAAGAAAGUGCAGAACAAGAUCAAAGAUCUUCUUCAGCAAAUGGAGGAGGGCUUGAAGACUGCAGAUCCACACGAUUUUUCCACUUAUACAGGCUGGACAGGCAUAGCCCUGCUCUACCUGCAGCUUCACCGCGUGACCCACGAGGCCUUUCAUCUGCAGCGCGCUCUGGAUUACGUCAAACGCACGCUGCGCAACCUGAACGGACGGCGUGUCACCUUCCUCUGUGGAGAUGCUGGGCCAUUAGCCGUAGGUGCGGUUGUACACCACCUCUUACAAAACCAGGCUGAGUCCCAGGAGUGUAUCACUAAAUUGCUCCAGCUCCAGCGUUCGGUUCUCAGUCCCGACUCUGACAUGCCCGAUGAGCUUCUGUACGGGCGGGCCGGAUACCUCUUCGCCUUGCUGUACGUCAACAAAGAAAUCGGGCCUGAGACAGUGGAUGACACCACCAUCGCUAAGGUGGUGAUGGCUAUUUUGGAGUCGGGGAAGAACUUGUCAAAAGAAGAGAAGAAAACCGAGCGCUGCCCACUGCUGUACGAGUGGCAUCAGAAACAAUAUGUUGGAGCAGCUCAUGGCAUGGCCGGCAUCUACUACAUGCUCAUGCAGCCCAGUGCUAAAGUAAAUCAGGACAUUUUGAAUGAGCUGCUUCGGCCUAGUGUCGAUUACGUGCGGCACAAGAAGUUUCGCUCGGGUAAUUACCCAUCAUCCCUCAGCAACGAGACCGACAGACUGGUGCACUGGUGUCAUGGAGCACCUGGGGUGGUGCAUAUGCUCAUCAUGGCUCAUAAAGUCUUCAAGGAUGAUAAAUACGUGAAAGAUGCUGUUGAAUGUGGAGAGGUGAUCUGGCAGAGAGGUUUACUGAGGAAAGGUUACGGGCUCUGUCAUGGCACAGCGGGGAAUGGAUAUGCCUUUCUCUCCCUCUACCAUCUCACACAGGAUAAGAAGUACCUGUAUCGUGCCUGCAAGUUUGCUGAAUGGUGUCUGGACUAUGGAACCCAUGGCUGUCGUAUUCCAGAUCGGCCUUAUUCUCUUUUCGAAGAUCCUACACACUGGACUUUAAAAUAUCAAAAAUGACUGUUCAUAAAUGAUCUCAGGGGGUGUGUUUGUUGGCUUUCGUCCAGCCCCCAUGAGCCUGUCUGUCGGCGCGUCUCGUCCUGCGGAUCAAAGGAGGGAGAUUGAUUUCACAUGAGGGAGAGGACAUAUAAGAGACCUGAUGCGAGAGGUAAGGCCCUGGGAUGGAUGUCAAUGGCCGCGUGCGCUCAGGGAAAGAUCUCAGUGGGGACGCUGUGUGUUGCUCGAGGCCAAUAGGGUCUGUCCGGCAAUGAAGGGGCUUGUUUGGGUUUAAACAGAUAAUGGGGGGAUGUUAGGAGCGCUGGCCACUUGUUCGUGUGAGUGCGAGCUUACCAGGCUCUUGGACACCACAAAUACAGCUCAGACGCUUAUGGACCCAUAGAUACGUUAUGAUGCGCAGAGCAAGUUCAUUUUAACAUCUAUGGAUUUACCCGGACUGUGACUGAACGCUGCUACGAGUUUUGUGCUCUUUUGUGGACAUUAAUCUUGCAUACCAGUUAUUUGCUGAUUCCUCGUGAAGACUGAGAAGCGUUAACUUCCCCUGUGGAUGUAAAGCCGUCUUGGCCGUGUAUUCUGCUAGACCCCGGGGUGGGGUCUUGUUUCUUGGAGAAAAACGGGGAAGUGUUUAGUUUUAUUCGUUGUGUGUAUGAGUGCAUGUAUGAGUGGUUGUGUGAUUUUUAACGUUUAUACGCAAUGGUUAUGACAAUCAUACUCCGUAUGUGCUGAGCAUUGGGAAAUGCAAAUUGUAUCAUGAAUUUUGUGUGCUCUAGACUCCUAGUGUAGUGUUGUGAAUCAUAUCUUUAGUCCCAAUUCGUCCGUUGAAGUCAUGCAAAGCUGUUGGUUGUUGAACUUGAUGUAUAUACUGUAUCUAUUUAAAUAACAGUUUUCUAAUUAUCCAGAUUAAAGUGUCAAUAAACGUGAUAUUCUUUUGUCCUCCACAAAUGUAUUCUCUUUAAAGCGCAUCCUCUCAAGAGGUUUGUUACAAUACUAAUGUAGAAACAAAACAGUUCACUCUCAAUUUACUUCCAAGUUGCCUAUUGUUUGUGUAAUGUGUUUUGACACCAUUUUAAAAGCUCAAUUUGAAUAAGUACAUUUUUAACUUUUAUUUGAAAUUGCAAGAUGACAAACUUAAUAUGACAUGCUGGGUAAAAAGUGCAUCCGUGGAUGCUGAAGUGGACAAUAAGCCAUUGAUCAUGACCUUUCGAUAGAACAUCUCUAAUUGAGGCUCAUAAUUACCACAGCACUUUAAAACGUACUCGCUGCCCUUUCAUUUAAAGAGCAUGACAGUUCACAUUGAGUUUUUAAUAUUUACAGCAAGCCUUUGUUCAGUGAGUAAUGCAUCACUGACGAUGCCCUAAAAAGGCCUGAAUUAUGAUACACUAUGCCCAGUGUUAGGUGUUAGGUACACACUACACUAUACUAAAAGCAUUUGUCAUUUAACAGUAAAAAAAAAAAAUUAGGCUGGUCUUUUCAACAGGCAAUCCUUCAUGCAGUUAAAUCUUAGUGUAAGUGCACUGAUAAUUCAAUGAUCAUCCUAUGCAUUUGUCUUCUGCACCCACACCUCAGCAUCCCAACUGACCCACAGAAAGCCUAUAGCUGUAACCCAUUUACGCCAAAGGAUCUGAAUGUCCUCAGGAAACAAUCUGCUGGUACAGGCUGUUCUUGUUAUGGGACCCAACAAGGUUAAUUGUAUGUUUAUUGACCAACUGAAUGUCUUAACCCUAUGGUGGAUGGGAAGAGCUUUUGGUUUUCACUGGACAAACAUAUUUACAUUCACCUCUUUCGUGACGACUCGCCUCUUUCAUCAACAUCUGACACUAUAACACUAGCACUUCCUUUCUGUUCUAUCCUAAAUACUUGCUCAGUAUACUGCGUUUUAGCAAAUUAUGCUCAGUUGUGAUGCACUUGUAGGUAUUGUUCUUUUGCUGUCGUGAUUGCUUCCAUUGUUCCUCAUUGGAUAAAAGUGUCUACUAAAUGACUAAAUGUACAAAUGUCAAUAUUUCCAUUUUCAUCCCUAUAGUAAAAACAAAAUAAAUAGUGAUUGUUCACCCAAAAAUGAAAAUUCUGUCAUCAUUUCCUCACCCUCAUGUCAUUCCACACCCGUAUGGCCUUCUUUCUUCUGCCGAACAGAGAAUAAGAUAUUUGGAAGAACAUUG